AUGAACAAACAAAGCAUUCUCUCUACAACGCAUUCGAUAUGGUCUCGUUUGUCAUCAGUACCAUCUUACCGUUCUGUUUUUGACACGGUAAAGAGAUCCUUAUCUUCAAGAGAAAGUUGGCGCUGGACAUUUCAUCAUUGCAAGGAUUCUAAUCACUUGCGGGCAGUAGUCGAUAGACUAUUUCAUAAGCAUUCUGAACCCCACGAACUGGCUAUCAUAGCGGCGCUAGAGGCAUGCGCGAGAAUACAGACAACGAAAAGGCAGAGAGAAGAAAACGUUACGAAUGGUAAUCGUGAAACAAAUGCUAAACGAUAUAAUCAUGUCUACGAUGAAAAUUGUAUCAGCGAUGUGCUUACCAUUAGAAAUGAUUUCAGUUAUGCCUGCCCGCCUUCUGGUUAUCGAUAUCAAUCUCUUUCUGAUGACAUGAAGCAAUAUUGGCUAGACGCACCGACGCAAUCUAGUGUUCGAUCAACCUGCAAUGUUCCAACACGGUACGAUACGUCAGACGACAUUCUCUCUAUCGCACAGAGCAUCAUGUCCAGAGUGAAUCCGCUUUCCCACACCAUUGCCAUGUAUAAUGCAUAUAUUGCCGUAUGUGUCGAGUGUAAUCGCCAUUCAUUAGCGCAUCAAGUUCUCCAUCAAAUGCGAUCGAUGGGCCUGACGCCUGAUAGUCAGUCGUAUAAACGGUUAAUCGCGUCUUACAUGUCGUCUGGUAAUUAUGGCUUGGCAUUGAAUGCAACUGAAGUGUGCACCGAUACAAUUAUCAAAUCGAUGCGCAGGGCUGCUCUUUUUAAAUCCACGUUUCAUCUUGGUAUUGGAAUAUUUGCUAUUAAAUGGAUAUCAUACGGAAUGUUGCUAAGCAAUUAUCGUGUCGAGGAAAUUUCAGUCGCGUGUAUUGGAAUGAGUGUAUUAAUGGUAUCUAGGGUGAUGAUGAGUUUAUUGUCUAAUGAAGUUUUCAGUCCUAUGAUGAAAGAUAGACAAGCUGCGGAAUUAAAGAGAGUU